AUGAGUGAAAAUUUUGAUCAAGAUGAUAGUGAUGAUUUAUCACAAUCAUUAGAUCUUUCAAUAAGUAGUGAAAAUAUAUCUGCUACUUCGUCAAAUAAUACUACUACAAAAAGAAAAAAAAGACAAAUAAACCGAAAUAAUAAUAAUACAAUAUUCAAUUCACCUCAAAAUAUUUCUAAACGUUCAAAUUUUAGUUUUACUAAUUAUUUUUUUGAUUUGGAUAAAAAUGAUAGUAGAACUAAAUAUUGUAAAGUAUGUAUUAAAGAGCUUGAAGGAUCGCAAAAGCAACCAUAUCCAUAUAGUGGUGCAGGAAGCGGUACAGGAAAUCUUUCUUAUCAUCUUCGUGAGAAGCAUGGUAUUACAGUACAAAAUUAUCAAGAUUUUAUUGAUGAUAAUGGGCAAGCAAGUAUUAAAUUAUAUCUUACUAGUAAAAUUAACAUUAACAAAAUUACAAAUUAUUUUUUAAAUAAUUUACCUCCUUUAUCUGAAUCACGCCAAAGUGAAUUAACCAAACUUGUAGUAGAUUUUAUAAUUCAUGAUGUUCAACCAUUACAUAUAUUACAAAAUCCAGGAUUUCGUAGAAUGCUUAAUGGAUUUCAACUACAAUAUCGAAUUUCAUCAGCUAAUACAGUUAAAAAUUAUAUUCAUGAUGCUUUUGUUUGGGGAAAAAAUAUAAAUAAUCCUCUUGAAGUAUUAACAGAUUCUAAGACUAGAUGGAAUUCUGAAUACUAUGCAUGGCAACGAAUCUUAAUACUUCAUGCUGCAAUGAAAACACUCGCUACUACCUUACAAAACAAAUCAGAUCGAAUUUCUAAAAAAGAAGGUGAACAAUUAGAAAAAUUAUGUUUAACAUUAGAAGAAAAAAAACCUAGAUACAAUUUAUGGGUUUAUGAUUCAGAAGACUCAGAAAUAACUCGACAUAUUAGUGGAGCAAAAUAUCCUACAGUAAACCUUAUUUACCCUUAUGUUAGAUCUUUAAUAAAAAAUUUCGCACCUAUUUCUAGCAAAAGCGAAACAUUAGAUCAAUUUAUAGAACUUAUAUAUGGACCACCAGUAGAAGAUAUAAAUCAUUUACCUGUUGAAAAUUCAAGUGAAAGUAGUGGCAAUGAAGAGGAAAUUCCGUCUGCAGGAAACAAAAAGCAAUGGAAGCAUACUAGGUUUCGUAUUCAUGCACGAGGGCGCCAAGGGUAUUAUCAUAAAAAUACAGGUACUAAUAAAAAAAAAGGUAAUAUUUCUGAGAUAGAAGAUACUCAUACAGUUGAAUAUUUGACUCCUGUAUCUUCUAAUGAACUUUUAGAAAAAAUGAGAGCUGCUAUUUAUUUAUCUUUAGAUGAAUUGUGGAAUUUUACAACAGAUUUAGAUUUAUUAAAUUCAGAAGUUUUUUCAUGUAUAGGAUUAAAGGCAGCAUUAUUAGAUCCUAGAGCUUUAAAAUUACUUGGAUUUGCGAGUAAUAGUGAAAAAAGAAAUACUGAGUUAGAUAUACGUGAAGAACUUAAAAAUUUAGAUCAAACCAGUGAAAAUAAUUCUUUAGAAAUUAUUGAAGAUGAAAUAGAUUCACUAAGUACAGAAGUUUGGGGAAAUAUAACUACUCAAUCAUUACAAGAUGAUGAAUUAACAUCUUAUUUAAAGGAACCAGUUGCAUCAAAAAAUCAAAACCCAUUAUUAUGGUGGGAAGAAAGAAAAGACCGAUAUCCAUUAUUAACACAACUCGCACGCAAAUAUUUAGCAGUACCUGCAACAUCUGUACCAUCAGAGCGUCUUUUUUCUGAUGCAGGUGCACAUAUUACUGCUCGUAGAACAUGUUUAUCAUCAGAUUUAGUAGAAAAGUUUCUUUUUUUAAAACGGAAUUCUGAUCUUGUAGGUUUAUUUCCACCUGAAAGUUAA